AUGAAGAACAAAAUUAGAGCAAAACUCAAGCUUAACAUUGGGCUAGCAGAGAAGUACAGUGAGUUCAGCGAAGACCACAUUAAUAAACACGAAUUAGAAGAUGGCCACAUGCUGGAUGUGAGCUCGGCAAAGGAGAAGACCAAAUCUGCAGAGUUUGAUUUCUCUCCAGGUGCCAUCUACUUUAACGAUGAAAUUCUGGUCAAUAGAGACGAUUUCGAUAUAACUAAAAUUAAUGAAAACAUGUAUAUCUCGAACUUAGCGGCUGCCAGCAACCCCCUGGUCCUUGCAGAGCACGGGAUCACCCAUGUCGUCAACUUGGUAGCCCACAAAAAGCAGGAACCAGGGCUGAAGGGCUCAGGAGCAGCUUCUGACAAAAGUUAUAUGACAGCAUCCACUGGAUGGGGUUUAUCAGGCGAAGAGAAAGAAAAUGAGGAAGGAAGGCAAGUCAAGUCUCUCGAACUUAGUCUAAAAGACACUCCUGAUAGCGACCUGCUCUCGAUCAUUGAGAAGGUGUACAAGUUCAUCGAGGUUGAGAAAGAAAAAUUUGAGUCCCCUAAAUUCUUAUUUUUCUGAACAAAAGGAAUCUCAAGGUCAGCAAGCGUCUGAGCAGGAUACCUGAUUUGAACAGGCAAAAGUUUUGAUGAAGCUUUGGAAACGAUCAGAAGCAAGAGACCAGAGAUAGACCCUAAUAUCGGCUUUCUUGGCCAACUCAAGAUUCUGGAAGAGCAGCAAGCAGGAGAAGGAAUGAUAUGCACUUAACCCCUUCAACCAAUUUUCAGGCUAACUAUCAUCAUAUAUUUGAUGAACUCAUUCACUGAGAGGUAGGACCCUCUAGGACUAAUAUAAUC